AUGGCUCUUGAAAACAAACAAAGACGAGAAAAACUCGUGCAUGUCUACACACCCUCUUAUCUGCAGCCGGCCCUGCAGUCAGCCGGACGGACAUGCUAUACAUACAUGAGUAUAUACGAUUUGCAGCCAGGGGCGGACGUCAUUCGGAAAGAAAUUUGGCAGGCGGGGAGGCAAGCGGGAGGAGAAAAGAAAAAAGAGAUAAAAGCAUGCAGCAAAGAGUGGAUGCACCAGGCCACAAUGAGCAAACCGCAAAAGCUGAAGCUCUGGCGAGCAACCGCACGGAUCAGUCCGUCUAGGCAUUCCGCCGAGGCCUAA